GUUGACGCCCAUGAAGUUCACAAACAGUUCCGUCAAAGAUGGCGUCCCAGCGUCGGCAGCUGAUGCAAAGCGUAAGACAAAAAUAAUUUCUCAUUUUUGUAGACGUGCUUAUUGAUAACCAACUCCAGUCACAUUUUGUGUUCGAAUAAAGUAAUAUAGCUCACCAAAAGACAAUUGAAACAACUAGUUCACGAACCCCGUGGGGGUGCGCGGCAAGCAACAGCAUCUGCCGCUAGCUAAGCUAGCCUAACGUGGCUAAAAACAUUGCUAUCUUAGCCAGCUAGAAAACUAACUAAGUUUGUGUUCUUUACUUGACAAUUUAUAUGUAUUUAGCUAGCUACUAUUUAAGGGGCGUGUCUCUUAGCCACAGGGGUCAGUUGAGUUAUAUCCAAAUCCAGUGGCGGCUCCUGAAAAAAUACUCAGGGGGGGGGCAAUUUUUCUGAUGAUUUAGGUGACCUACACACAUUUUAAAAAAGAUAUGUCCAGCAACAACAUGAAGACAGGGGCAGCAUAUAAGUCAAUACUAGAAGCAAAGAGACAAUCGAGUUGCACUGAACGCUAGCCAUCUUGACAGUAGUACGUGAAUUGAUUGACGCUGCUACCCGCUCUUUUCUUAGUUACGUUCAUGGUUAUGUUACGUAUGACGAAAGCGCGUAAGUGCAAGCCCUCCCGGAACCCAUAGAGAUUGUAUUGAAAGCUCUGAUAUUUGAAAAAAAAAGAUUUUACAUGAGAGUCUAUGAGAGACUUCUGGGGCGAUUUUCAACCUGACUGAAAUCGCCCCAAAAGGGGCGGGGCCAUUUGAAGCACGACUUUAGCCUGAUUGGACAUUUAGUGGCAGAUCAGACGUCUAGAUUAGAACACUGAUAACUACUGUUGCCGUGAUAUAAUUGAUUAGAAAAAAAGCCCUUCCUUUUCCCGUUUGGCAGUGCGUCGCCCAUAUCGCCCUAAUGAACACACCGCCCCUGUCCAAAUCAUUGGUUCUAUCUAGCUAGCCAAUGGUAGUGAAGAAAGGGAAAUUUUCUGAACACACUUGACUUGUUCGUUUCCUGUUAAUAUUACACUGUUUGAGGCCAAGUUUUUAUGUGAAUAUUGUACAGUUUCUAUGGUCGUCAAAGCCUAAACUGAACCAGAAGUAUGAAUCUGUGUUUUCCCACAGCAUCAGAACAGUAUGAUAUGGGUCUCAAAUCUAGUAGGAAACAAUUAGCAGGCCAAGUAGCAGGACAAUUUCAAUGGUCGUCAGAAAAGUCUGAACACUAAAACCAUAGAAUUAGGUUACAUAAGUAGGAUCUCUAUGACUAACACACUAGCUAAUGUCAUUGUUCAAUCUCCACCAUGGUAGCAUCAGAGCUGGACAGAUGACCUGCCCCUGUGUCAGAUGUGUGGGGUGGGCACGGCCCCCAACUGUACCUAUGGACCCGACGGAAAGGACACCCAGAGCCACCCCAACGAGGACGGACACUUCAGGUUCAGGUAACUGAGACACCUGAGCCUGAUUCACACUUUAAGGCCAAACCCAGCUGUACUGUCCUGGCCUGGUUACACAUCCACCAUAGCUAUGGGAACCAUGCUGGAAAAAACAUAUUCAAGCCAGCAUAGUAUGGUUUGGUUUGGCAGUCUGAAAAAGGGUGCUGGAGCCAUAGAUGUAUCCCUGUAUACCAGCGUUGCUGGUGGUACUGGAGCCAAUUGCUUGGUUCAUAGAACCAGGGUUACAUCAGUAACCUCUGUUCGCCAACAGAUGUGGUUGUAAUAAACAGAGCGGUUUCUAUUUUCUUCCUACAAAUGUGGCUCUAUCUUUUGAACAGUUUAUGAGCACAUUACUGAAAGAUAAGACUCUCAGAAACAUGUAUGUGUCUUCUGUUUCCCUCUGCAAUGCCCACAAGUCUCAUUUAGAACAUAGUGGACAAGACAAGACGCUACAUCAAGGGAGGGGGGCAGUAACUAGGCCCUAUCGUUCUACACAGAAGUUCAUACAAAAUUAUUGCCUGAUGAUCUUCUGAACUUCCCAAUACCUUUUUGAUGCAUUUCAGUCACUUCAAACUAGGGCUAGAACUUUAGUAUCAUGGCAAGUACACAAAACAUGAAGCGGAUUUAACUUCUUUAGGAAAACAGCCCUUAUGUCGGAAACAAACAAUAUUUAUUGACAUCCAGAGUCACAUGUAUUUAUUUCCCAAGCUAUAGCACACAAUAUUUUACAUACAGCAGGUUUUUAAAGGACCGGAGAGUCAAGUCUGCUUUGUGUUUUCAUUUUUGUCAUUGAAACAAUAUCGCAAUACUGGUAUCGUCUCGGCCCUACUUCAAACCAUUCUUCCUUCAUAUUGAUAUACUGUCAAAAGUACUGUCAGACUGAUUUGUAAUAGACUGUCAUAGCCCCAAUUAAAAAAGUAAACAUUGGCCGUUGUUGAUUACAUCACAUGUUUUACAUGGUGGGGUCUAGACAUUUUUUUAAAUAUCAAAAUGGGGUCGUGGGGCAAAAAAGGGGAACCCCUGCUUACAUACUCACACUGACCAAGGCUUGUGAUCUGUGCAGAUAACACAGCCAGUAAGAGUUCUAGGAAUAUUGUCCAAUCAGACAUAAAGAGUUGUCUUCUGUCUAAUCAGAGGUGAGGAUGGCUGUUUUCUGUACAGGGUUAGAGUGUCCAGCUUUGUGUCUCAAUGUGUGAGUUCGUUUUGCGUGCCCCGGUGGGUGGAGAUUAGGACCAAUGGAAUGGUCUGAAAUAAGCAAACUCCGCCCACACAGGGAACCGGGCCAUGCAAAACAAACUCGACCAGUGUCUCACAACAGACCAAUCAAAUAUAAGAGUUGUUCUUGUUUUGACCAAUCAGAUAAAGAGUUGGUUCUUUCUGUCCAAUCAGAGGUGAGGAGGGCUGUUCCCUGUACGGAGUGUUUAAUGGGUUUGAUGGGAGCAGAGUGUCCAGCUUCGUCUCUCAGUGUCUGACAGCAGAACUGCUUCUGGGACAGCUCAACUCUACACACACUGACGCUGAUGUCCGCAGAAUUCUCUCACAGGUAGGCGCGCGUGUGUGUGAUAUCCACUGUUAUGUCUUUGAAUCAGCGUGUCUGCCUGCCUGUCCGUCUGUCUGUCUGUCUGCUCUAGGUAGUACGCAGUCAAAGAAGCAUCAUAUCAUAAGAAAAGCUAUUUGAAUGUUUAUACCAUUGGUUCUGUUGUUUUAUCCUAAGGCCUUCGACGUUGUAGAGAAGAGUUACUUUGAGACAAUCGGUGACGCUCUGGCAGAAAAGGCUAAUAUACAAUCUCAGCUACCUGAGGUAAGCAUGGCACUCUGUCACUCACUCUCACAGUGCAGACUUGUGACUUAUUAUAGCGUGUUAAGUUUUGUACUACUGUUUGAUUCCCAGGAGAUUGAACUUAGAUUUAGGAACUUUUUGCACCGUUGAUUUCCAUGGCAACCACAGUUCAUAUUAGAAUGUACUCAUUGGGAAUCAAUAUAGUCUCAUUAGCCGUUGAAUCGAUCUUAACUAACCUUCCUAAAUCUCUUUCUCUCUCCUAUUCCCAUCUUCUACUUUUUUUGCCCACCCUCAUCCCUCUCCCUCCCCAACCCCUCCCUCCCUCCCUCCACCAGGGUGUAUCAUUCCACCAGCUGUCCCCCCAGAGUCAGAAGCUUUCUGAGCGGCUGAAGGAGCUGGAGCAGGAGGUGUCUGGUGGAGCUACGGCUGUGGUGGCUCUGAUACACAAUAACAAGCUCUACAUCGCCAACGUGGGUACGUACUGUUGUUCAACACACACACACACACACACACACACACACACAUACAACAACACGCACAGACACAGGAUGCUCACAUACACAUCCAGGGGCACAGCCUUGCAUGAACACAACCAAAGCCACGUAAACACACAGGCACAAUUACAUAGUCAAGCCAGCAUAGUAUGGUUUGGUUUGGCAGUCUGAAAAAGGGUACUGGAGCCAUAGAUGGAUCCCUGUAUACCAGCGUUGCUGGUGGUACUGGAGCCAACACCUCCUAGUCCUCACUGACCUUUUACACACACGUUAAAAUGAUAUUUACUGCUCUGAUUCAAAACACAUGUUAGAAAUUAUAUUCAGAACGUCAACGGGCUUUGUUCCAGCCUUUCUGCCCUGUAACAAUUUUCUUAGUCAACAUCUGUGUGUGUGUGUGUGUGUGUGUGUGUGUGUGUGCGUGCCCAUGUGUUUCUACUGUCUACAUCUGUGUGUGAGACCCCCCUCCCCCCGAACCAGAGAGUGGAAAAACAUCUAAAUAUAUUAUUUGAAAAAAUCCAAAAGCCAGACCACUCUGGUAGGAAAUUAGAAUUCUAGCCGAGAGCCAGAAAGAGAUUUCUGAAAUGAACACACACACAUUCCUGAGGGUUUCACCGUGGGUUGAUAUAACAACCAGACCCAUUCUCGUAAUCAUUUCUCAUUAGGUCAUUACAAUAGGCCUUAAACCAUCUGUCUGGCUAUUCCAUACAGACGUGUGUGUGUCAGUCAUUGGGUCAUAGAAAAGAAACUCAACUGGUGAUGUAAAUCCUCCAUAAUUGUAAAGGAUCUUUUAAAGCUACGUUUUGGUCUCAACAAUUCCAGACUUGCCAUUUGGGGUCCUUUUUUCACCCCAUGGUUAGCCGUCUCUCUGCCUGUCUCAAAUUGGGAUUUGGGGGCCAAAUAAAAGGUAAAGAAAGCAGGGGGAGGAGUGAAGGGGAAAAAGACCCUUGGGUGUUUGAAGGGUGGAAUAAGGACAGAAAAUGAUUUAUUUAGGGGGGGGGGGACUAAAGGCUGUUCAUUACGGGGGAGGGGUGGAGAGGGGAAAAGAAGGAGACUGUUCAGUCUAUCUCACCAGCUUUGUACGCGUCAGGGGUCAAAGUGGAGAGGUGACCUUGGCAAUGAAACGGAACCUUUAUGGGAGAAAAGUGUUUCCAGCUGUGGAGAGUCACCUGACUCAUUCCAUAGUGUGUGUGUGUGUGUGUGAAUCCUAUCGGCUUGUUAGGUUGUAUUUCUGCUGAGAUGUGAUAGAUAGGGUGUAGAGGUUGUUGCAAUGCCAUGGUCAGGAACACAAGACGUUAACAACAUCUCCUCUACCAUUAUGCUAACCAAGCUAAUACCCACCAGCAUAAAAACCCAAGAGAUCUUGAUUAGUUUAUUUGAUUCUAAUCAACCGGUCUUAAAACCAGAAAGACCAAUUAAUAGACAAUUACAGCCAUUUAAUUCAUUAAUUAAUUCACAUUUUAGUCUUAUCCAGAGCGACUUACAAGAGCAAUUAGGGUUAAGUGCCUUGCUCAAGGGCACAUUUACAGGUUUUUCACCUAGUUGGCUCGGGGAUUCAAACCAGCAACCUUUCGGUUACUGGUCCAAUGCUCUUAACCGCUAGGCUACCUGCCACCAAUGAAGUAAUUCAUAAGUGAGGUCUCCAUUACAGUGACUGUUUCAGACUGGUUUCAAUGUCAGGGAUCUUAGUGAUAAGGUUGUUGGGGUCAGCUGUACUUGCAGCCACUGCAGCCUUUUAAUCAAUCAAUGUACCAAUAAUCAACAAAAUGAAAUGAAAUGGUAUUAUUCUACAAUACUGGAUUAUGUUCUGUUUCUGGUCCAGGUACCAACCAGACUCUCUUACUGUAUUUAAUUUUUAUGGGUGGUUGUGUUGUGGUCCAGGUACCAACCAGACUGUUUGUAUUGUGGUCUAAUGGUUGUGUUGUGUUCAGGUACCAACCGGGCCCUGCUGUGUAAGUCGACCAGCGACGGUCAGAACCAGGUGAUCCAGAUCGGACGACCUCACACCACAGAGAACGAGGACGAGCUGCAGAGACUGGCUGGGCUGGGUGAGUUACACACACACACAUACACACACAGGUCGUGUUCCCCUGCUCAGAUGUUGCUGACGCAUGCCAGGUCUUACAUUGCCUGGAUAGGUAUUUUACGUAUCAGCUAACCAUAUCAUAUGUUAUAGCAGGGAUCAUCAACUAGAUUCAGCCGUGGGCCAAUUUUUUCUUGAGCGGAUGGUCGGGGGGCUGGAACAUAAUAAAUAAUAUAUAUUUUUAGACUGCAAAUUGACCGCAAGAAGCCUAAACAGAUAUAGUAUCUGACUAAAACAUAAUCAUUUCAAACCUUGAUUACAUUUGGGAACAUUGUCCUGCGUAGGGUGCCGUCUUUCCAAUGGGACGUUAAAACUGGUGUCCUGACUGUCUGUGCGUGGGAAUUUGCAAACAGAUUUACAAAAUUAAAAUCAAUUGGAGCUGAUUUCCUGGUGUUUUUACAGUCUUACAAACAUACACUCCACCUCUCCCCUACCUCUCUCUCUUUCUUUCUGUUCUCUCGCUCUCAGCCUCUCUCUCACCCCAGGGAUAAUGAUUAAAUAGCUUGUGUAAUUCAUUUAAUUAUUAAAGGUAGACUCAGCGAAAUGACAUUGCCACGAGCAGCAGCGCAGAUAUUGCGAUGCGCUAGAUGAAAGACAUGGCUCUCACACGGUCACACACAGUGUCUGUGCAUGGGUUCACUUCAUGCUGUUACAGCCUGGAAGCUACGGGACUAAAACAGCUGAGGAGUUGAGCCUUGCGCUUCAACGCUCUUAGUUGUUGUGGAAAUUGACCCACCAUGCUCUUUUACUUUGUGCACCUACGUCAUAUCUCUGAGUCUGCCUUUAAAAUGGAAUGGGGGUCAAUUAAUUGGAAAACACAAACCCUGGUUGAAGGUGACCUCUUCUCCUUCCCCUCUCCUCCCUUCUCUUCUCUUCCCCUCCCUCUCUUACUUUCAUCACCUCCACCUAUCUCUCCCAUCUCUGCUUCAUUCGUCCUUUACAUCUGCUCUCCUCAUCUCAUUCCUUUCUUUCUGUUUCCUUGUUCCCUCUUUCACUCCCCUUCACCUCUUCUCCUCUUCUCCACCUCAUCCCCUCCUCCCACCCUGUCUUUUCCCCCAUCUCAUCCUCCACUCCCCUUCACCUCUCCUCCGCUCUCCUCUUCUCCACCUGAUCCCACUUUUCCCCUCAUCUUCUCCUUCCCCCUCCUCUCCUCCCUCCAUCUCCCAGGUCUUGAUGUGUCUGGUCUUCGUCAGGCUGGUCUGAUAGCUGGUCAGAGCAGCACCAGGAGGAUUGGAGACUACAGGGUUAAAUAUAACUACACAGAUAUAGAUCUGUUGAGGUAGGCGUACACAGACACACUAACGCGUGUACAUGCAUUUAAACACACAUACACACACACACACACACACACACACACACACAAAGGCUCAGAACUUCAAUUUCCUGCUGUCCUCUGUAGCUGAGCCAAAAGGAUGAAAAUAAGGCUGGAUCUUUGAAUAGGAUUAAACUCAUCCACAGAAAAAUGCACUUAAUUGAGUUUCCCAUUGGAUUUCUUCAGUGCUGUAUAGCGGUAGGUAGACUGAGUACGAGAUUUCAAGUGGAAAAACGCUCCACUUUCAUAUUUGUAUUUAUUAAGGAUCCCCAUUAGCUGCUGCCAAGGCAGAAGCUACUCUUCCUGGGGUCCAGCAACAUUAAGGCAGUUAUAUACAGUUGGAAAUAUUACAUGACGUUACAUUUCAUAACACUUUACCCUAUACAUUUAGUUUGUUCCCUCAGGCCACUAUCACAUAUUUACAAUACAACAUCCAUGUGUACGUGUGUGUAGAGUGUGUGUCUUAUCAGGUGUAUGUGUGCCUGUGUGUGUGUCUUCACAGUCUCCGCUGUUCCAUAAGGUGUAUUUUUAUCUGUUUUUUAAAUCUGAUUCUACUGCUUGCAUCAGUUACCUGAUGUGGAAUAGUGUUCCAUGUUGCCAUGGCUCUAUGUAGUACUGUGCGCCUCCCAUAAUCUGUUCUUGACUUGGGGAUUGUGAAGAGACCUUUAGUGGUAUGUCUUGUGGGGUAUGCAUGGGUGUCCGAGCUGUGUGCUAGUAGUUUAAACAGACACCUCGGUGCAUUCAGCAUGUCAACACUUCUUACAAAAACAAGUAAUGAUGAAGUCAAUCUCUCCUCCACAAUGGGCCAUGAGAGAUUUACAUGCAUUUUAUUAAUGUUAGCUCUCUUUGUGGCACCUGACUACACGACUUAACAGUAGUCCAGGUGCGACAUAACUAGAGCCUGUAGGACCUGCCAUGUUGAUAGUGUUGUUAAAAAGGCAGAGUAGCGCUUUUUAUUGACAGACUUCUCCCAAUCUUAGCUACUGUUGUAUCAAUAUGUUUUGACCAUGACAAGUUUACAAUCCAGAGUUACUCCAAGCAGUUUAGUCACCUCAACUUGCUCAAUCCCACAUGAUGUAUUACAAGAUUUAGUUGAGGUUUAUGGUUUAGUGAAUGAUUUGUCCCAAAUACAAUGCUUUUAGUUUUUGAAAUAUUUAGGACUAACUUAUUCCUUGCCACCCAUUCUGAAACUAACUGCAGCUCUUUGUUAAGUGUUGCAGUGAUUUCACUCGCUGUAGUAGCUGACGUGAAUAGUGUUGAGUCAUCUGCAUACAUAGCCACACUGGCUUUACUCAAGGCCAGUGGCAUGUCUUUAGUAAAGAUUGAAAAAAGUAAGGGGCCUAGACAGCUGCCCUGGGGAAUUCCUGAUUCUACCUGGAUUAUGUUGGAUAGGCUUCCAUUAAAGAACACCCUCUGUGUUCUGUUAGACAGGUAACUCUUUAUCCACAAUAUAGCAGGGGGUGUAAAGCCAUAACACAUACGUUUUCCAUCAGCAGACUAUGAUCGAUAAUGUCUAAAGCUGCACUGAAGUCUAACAAAACAGCUCCCACAAUCUUUUUUAUCAAUUUCUCUCAGUGUAAGUGCUGAGCUUGUAGAAUGCCCUUCUCUUUAAGCAUGCUGAAAGUCUGUCAAUUUGUUUACAGUAAAAUAGCAUUGUAUCUGGUCAAACACAAUUUUUUUCAAAAGUUUACUAAGGGUUGAUAACAGGCUGAUUGGUCGGCUAUUUGAGCCAGUAAAGGGGGCUUUACUAUUCUUGGGUACCGUAAUUACUUUUGCUUCUCUCCAGGCCUGAGGGCACACACUUUCUAGUAGGCUGAGAUCAGGCCUGGGCAAUUAUUUUCCAUGGAGGGCCACAUUAGAAUAUAUUUUUGCCAUCGUGGGCCAGAAUCAUAUUACAGGAUUAUACAUCAUGUGUAUGACUGUGUUGACAGAUAUUUCUACUGUAAAUCAUGUCCAGAUAUGCUACUUUUUUUACUUUUUUAAUAUGCACAGAAAUUAACCACAUCCAUUACUCCAGGAGGAGUAAUUUUCCCUUGAAGGCUUUGACAAGGCUGUACAUCUGAUGUGCAAAAAGGCCCUUCUCUUGUAGUUUGGAAUUCAGUUCAUUCAUGAGGGCCAUGAUGUCCACGGUGAAGGCAAAAUCAGCCAACCAUUCUUUAUCUUGCAGUUGAGGGAAAUCCACAUAUUUUCCAUUCAUUUGCAAAAACUCAGCAAUCUCCGACUUCAGGUCCCACACCCUUUUAAGCGCCUUCCCCAAACUCAGCCAUCUCACGUUUGUGUGGUAGGGGAGAGCUGCAUGACCCGACUCUGUCUCUUCCAACAGUGAGACAAACUGCCUGUGGUUUAAAGAUUUUGCUCUUAUGAAGUUUACCGCUUUAGUGACUGUAUCCACAACAUGGCUCAUUUUCAGAACACAGUUACAAAGCACCUCCUAAUGAAUAAUGCAAUACAGGAAAAUUAUUUUCUGAUCUGGGUUCAGCUCAGCUACUUGAUCUUGUAUCCUUUUCAAAAGGCCAAAGUUUUUUCCUGUCAAGGUUGGGAACACAUCAGUGGUCACACUGGAUAACUUUUCAAAACCCAGUCCCAGCUUUGCUACACACUUAUUAACCUCCUCCAAUAAAUAUUUCCCUGUGUUUGUGCUCUUCAUUGACUGCACUGAAGCAAGCUCCUCUGUAAUUUCAAAGUCUGGAGUUAUGCCUCGUAAGAAUAUCAACAACUGCGCGUGUCCCGUGCAUCACUGCUCUCAUCCAGGGCCAAGGAGAAAUGGGUGAAAUCCUUUACCCUGUCUUUCAACUGUUGUUCCAUAUUUACAUUUAAGUCAUUUAGCAGACACUCUUAUCCAGAACGACUUACAAAUUGGUGCAUUCAACUUAGGAUAGCCAGUGGGACAACCACCACUGGGGGAGGGGGGGUGUGUAGAAGGAUUACUGUUAGAUUAUUCCAGGUAUUCCUUAAAGAGUUAGGGUUUCAAGUGUCUCCGGAAGGUGGUCAGUGACUCCGCUGUCCUGGCGUCGUGGGGGAGCUUGUUCCACCAUUGGGGUGCCAGAGCAGCGAAUAGCUUUGACUGGGCUGAGCGGGAACUGUGCUUCCGUAGAGGUGUCACUGUUCGUCUUGACAGGGAAACGUUUUCAAACAGCUCUUUCUUGUCGGGGCAAAGUAUUGCUGCAGAGUCCUCAGCGAAUGGCUUGCUAUGUUUAGCAAUGGGACAGUACAUAGCUAGCUCUCGCAAUUCCGUCGUUUGCUGAAUGUAGUUUUGUGAAAAGUCCUUGCUGCUUUUGCAACUGAGAAAGCAACUCUUUCGAUGCACUUGCCCUCUGCUCAGAAGACACAUUCCUAUAUUUCUCUGCAUGCUUCGUCUGGAAGUGUCGGGACAAGUCGUAGUCUUUCAAGACAGCAAUGCUCUCUAAGCAGACAGCUUUCCCUGAUACCUCAAUAAAUAUAUAUUUCGAUGUCCACUCUUGCUGGAACAUCCUACAUUCAUUGUCUACUUUCCUUUUCUUUGAAAAACUCAUUUUUGCGCAAUUUCUAGCUAGCUACUAUUUGUAACUGACGUAUGUGUCAGCCUGUCAGUCACUGUCUGUCCUCGUGCAGUUGUUAUUUAUGCGUGCCUUCAAAAUAAAUGUCCCGCAAGCGGUGGGAGUUAAAUCAUUACACAAAGGCGAGCAUUCAUUGGGCUUUUAAUUUGAAUAGCAAAUACGUUUUUCAAAACUUUACUAUUGCAAAUUCUUUAUGUGAUCUGAGCAUGAUUCCGUGGGCCGUAUUGAAUCAGGUCGUGGGCCGCACACGGCCCCCAGGCCGGCCUUUGCCCAGGCCUGGUUUAGAUUGAAGAUAUGGCAAAUAGGAGUGGCAAUAUCGUCCGCUAUUAUCCUCAGUAAUUUUCCAUCCAAGUUGUCAGACCCCUGUGGCUUGUCAUUGUUGAUAGACAACAAUAAUUGUUUCGCUUCUUCCACACACUUUACGGAAUUCAAAAUUACAAUGCUAGUCUUUCAUAAUUUGAUCAGUUAUACUUGGAUGUGUAGUGUCAGCAUUUGCUGCUGGCGUAUCAUGCCUAAAUUUGCUGAUCUUGCCAAUGAAACAAAUCCUUAAAGUAAUUGGUAAUAUUAGUGGGUUUUGUGAUGAAUGAGCCAUCUGAUUCAAUGAAAGACUGCAGCGUCUGGUUGCUCUUCAUUACACACCACAGACCAACAAGUAUUAUUUACAUCAACAACAUAGGAAUCACUACAAAACUUAUUGUAUGACCUCUUUUACACUAUAUUAGGCCCAGCCUUUGGAACUUUGGUUUUCGUAGAUAUGGCUACUAUGUUGUGAUCACUACAUCCGAUGGAUUUGGAUAUUGCUUUAAAGCAGAUUUCUGCAGCAUUAGUAAAAAUGUGAUCAAUACAUGUUGAUGAUUUACAUCCUGUGCUGUUUGUAACUACCCUGGUAGGUUGACUGAUAACCUGAGCAAGGUUGCAGGCACUAGUUACAGUUUGAAGCUUUCUCUUGAGUGGGCAGUGUGAUCAAAGCCAGUCAAUAUUUAAAUCACCCAGAAAGAAAAAAAUAUAUAUACAGUGGGGAGAACAAGUAUUUGAUACACUGCCGAUUUUGCAGGUUUUCCUACUUACAAAGCAUGUAGAGGUCUGUAAUUUUUAUCAUAGGUACACUUCAACUGUGAGAGACGGAAUCUAAAACAAAAAUCCAGAAAAUCACAUUGUAUGAUUUUUAAGUAAUUAAUUUGCAUUUUAUUGCAUGACAUAAGUAUUUGAUACAUCAGAAAAGCAGAACUUAAUAUUUGGUACAUAAUCCUUUGUUUGCAAUUACAGAGAACAUACGUUUCCUGUAGGUCUUGACCAGGUUUGCACACACUACAGCAGGGAUUUUGGCCCACUCCUCCAUACACACCUUCUCCAGAUCCUUCAGGUUUUGGGGCUGUCGCUGGGCAAUACGGACUUUCAGCUCCCUCCAAAGAUUUUCUAUUGGGUUCAGGUCUGGAGACUGGCUAGGCCACUCCAGGACCUUGAGAUGCUUCUCACGGAGCCACUCCUUAGUUGCCCUGGCUGUGUGUUUCGGGUCGUUGUCAUGCUGGAAGAUCCAGCCACGACCCAUCUUCAAUGCUCUUACUGAGGGAAGGAGGUUGUUGGCCAAGAUCUCGCGAUACAUGGCCCCAUCCAUCCUCCCCUCAUUACGGUGCAGUCGUCCUGUCCCCUUUGCAGAAAAGCAUCCCCAAAAAAUUAUGUUUCCACGUCCAUGCUUCACGGUUGGGAUGGUGUUCUUGGGGUUGUACUCAUCCUUCUUCUUCCUCCAAACACGGCGAGUGGAGUUUAGACCAAAUAGCUCUAUUCUUGUCUCAUCAGAUCACAUGACCUUCUCCCAUUCCUCCUCUGGAUCAUCCAGAUGGUCAUUGGCAAACUUCAGACGGGGCUGGACAUGCGCUGGCUUGAGCAGGGGGACCUUGCGUGCGCUGCAGGAUUUUAAUCCAUGACGGCGUAGUGUGUUACUAAUGGUUUUCUUUGAGACUGUGGUCCCAGCUCUCUUCAGGUCAUUGACCAGGUCCUGCCGUGUAGUUCUGGGCUGAUCCCUCACCUUCCACAUGAUCAUUGAUGCCCCACGAGGUGAGAUCUUGCAUGGAGUCCCAGACCGAGGGGGAUUGACCGUCAUCUUGAACUUCUUCCAUUUUCUAAUAAUUGCGCCAACAGUUGUUGCCUUCUCACCAAGCUGCUUGCCUAUUGUCCUGUAGCCCAUCCCAGCCUUGUGCAGGUCUACAAUUUUAUCCCUGAUGUCCUUACACAGCUCUCUGGUCUUGGCCAUUGUGGAGAGGUUGGAGUCUGUUUGAUUGAGUGUGUGGACAGGUCUUUUAUACAGGUAAUGAGUUCAAACAGGUGCAGUUAAUACAGGUAAUGAGUGGAGAACAGGAGGGCUUCUUAAAGAAAAACUAACAGGUCUGUGAGAGCCGGAAUUCUUACUGGUUGGUAGGUGAUCAAAUACUUAUGUCAUGCAAUAAAAUGCAAAUUAAUUACUUAAAAAUCAUACAAUGUGAUUUUCUGGAUUUUUGUUUUAGAUUCCGUCUCUCACAGUUGAAGUGUACCUAUGAUAAAAAAUUAUAGACCUCUACUUGCUUUGUAAGUAGGAAAACCUGCAAAAUCGGCAGUGUAUCAAAUACUUGUUCUCCCCACUGUAUAUAUAUAUAUUUUUUAGUCAUUUAGCAGACGCUCUUAUCCAGAGCGACUUACAGUUAGUGAGUGCAUACAUUAUUUUUCAUACUGGCCCCCCAUGGGAAUUGAACCCACAACCCUGGCGUUGCAAACGCCAUGCUCUACCAACUGAGCUACAUCCCUGCCGGCCAUUCCCCACCCUACCCUGGAAGACGCUGGGCCAAUUGUGCGCGACCCAUGGGUCUGGAUUCGAACCAGGAUCUCUAGUGUCCUCGUGCACAGCUAGCACUGCGAUGCAGUGCCUUAGACCACUGCGCCACUCGGGAGUACAUCUCUGUUGAUAUCACAUACGUUAUCAAGCAUUUCACACAUAUCCAGAUACUGACUGUUGGUGGUCUAUAGCAGCUUCCCACCAGAAUGGGCUUUAGGUGAGGCAGAUGAACCUGUAGCCAUAUUACUUCAACAGUAUUUAACAUGAGAUUCUCUCUAAGCUUUACAGGAAUGUGGUUCUGAAUAUAAACAGCAACACCUCCACCUUUGGCAUUUCUGUAUUUUCUGUAGAUGUUAUAACCAUGUGUUGCGACCACUAUAUCAUCAAAGGUAUUAUCUAAGUGAGUUUCAGAGAUUGUCAGAAUAUGAAUGUCAUCUGUUACUAGCAAAAAAAUGAUUUAAUGAACCUUAUUUCUUAAGCUACAUAUGUUAACGUGGGCUAUUUUUAGCACUUUUCUGAGAUGCUUGAUUGUUUUCAUUGCUUUACUGGAAAGCUUAGCAGAAGUAGACAUGCUCAUGUUAUUUAUGUUAGUGCAGGGUGAGCUGCACACAGUGGACUUCUUACUAGGGCACACUGCCUCAGUGCUAACAGUAUAACUCUUGUUCAUAGGCACAUGAUUACUGCAUACAAUAGCUGUAGGAUCCACUUUAGAUUGUAUUGUAGAUUGGAAACAACGUUUUGCUGCACUUGCUCUUAUCUCAUCGCUCUCUUUUCUCCUUUCUUUCCUUUCUCCUCUCUCUUUCACUCGCUCUCACUCUCCUCUAUCGAUCUGUCCGUCUUAUUCCUUCCUCUUCCUCCAUGCCCUGCCCACGACCAUCAGUGCCGCCAAGAACAAGCCAAUCAUAGCAGAGCCGGAGAUCCAGGCCAGCCAAUCGUUAGAGGGCGUGACGGGCUUCCUGUUGCUGAUGUCAGAGGGGCUCAUCAAAGCCCUGGAGUCCGCCCACGGACCAGAACAAGCCAAUCAGGUGGGUGCAUUCACUUAUAUAAUGAACCACUUAACCAAUACAUUCACAACAAGCUUCUUUGAUAAAGACCUCGGUCCAAGGAGGACAGUGCUAGUCUUUCCAAUCGUCAUAGUUCACCACCACCUCUUACUCUCCCUCUUCCCAACUCCAACAUCAUCCACCCCUGUCUACCUCUCCUCCUUUGCCUCCCUCCCUCCAACCGUCUCUCUCCCCCCUGAUUUCAGUUGAUAUCCCCAUGACAUUAAACAUUGCAACAUUUUCCCCUCUCUCCUCCCCCUCUUCUAGGAGAUGGUAGCUAUGGUAGCAGCAGAACUAGCCCAACAGGGAACCCUGGAGGCCGUGGCCCAGUCGGUGGUGGAGCGGGUCAAGCGGCUGCACCACGAUGUCUACGCCAGCGGACGCCAGAGGGCGUCCAACUGCUCCCGCCACGAAGACAUGACUCUGCUGAUACGCACACUCAACUACACGCUGGCCGACGGCGCGCUCACACCCACACAGGGUAGGUGGAGGAGGCACACACAUACAGAGAGAAGAAACCCUCUCAUCUUCAACAUGAUCAACUAUAUCAGGCCAAAUUGUAUUGAUUUCACCUUUAUUGAUUUCACCUUUAUUUAUUUAACAUUUAUUUAUUUGACCUUUAUUUAACCAGGUUAGUCAAUUAAGAACAAAUUCUUAUUUACAAAGACGGCCUGGCAAGAGGCAAAAGGCCUCCUGUGGGGACGGGGGCUGGGAUAAAAACUAAAAACAAUGUAAGUCUAAACAGACAACACAGACAGAAGACACUGGCAACAGCACAAAUAUAACUGCAAACAAACUGUGUGUGAAGGCAUGUUUGUUUGUAGCUCAGCUGGUAGAGCACGGCGCUUGGAACGCCAAGGUAGUGGGUUCGAUCCCCGGGACCACCCAUACACAAAAAAAAUGUUAUGCACGUAUGACUGUAAGUCGCUUUGGAUAAAAGCGUCUGCUAAAUGGCAUAGUAUUAUUAUUUAUUAUAAAACAACAGGCUUCCUUACAUAAGUAAAUGCAAACUAGUGACAUGGGGUUACAACUAGAAACAGCUACAACCUGUUCAUCUAUUUGUCCUUUGAACUCCUCCAGGGACACCAGGUCCUGGAGUUUUAGGUUGGCUUGGAGGGAAUUCCAAGAUCAGGGGGCUGAGUAAUGUAAGGACCUUUUUCCAUGCUUGGUUCUAAUUUUCGGGACUGUUAGCAUAAAACAAGAUUGAGAUCUGAGCUUGUAUGUUUUCUCAUUUCGUGCUAGAAUAGAGGAUAGAUAAAAUGGCAGUUUUCCUUAAAUGGCCUUCUGAAUAAGAAUGUAACAGUGUUUGAGCCUGCGAGUUGCUACUGAUGUCCACCUGACAGCACUGUAGAGAUCACAAUGGUGAGUUAGACGUCUGAUACAGAGUCAAGAGCCUUCAGUAGAGCUUGAGCCUUGCAGAUGAGGGUCUAACUGAGUUAUACCUCAGUUCAUAUUCUUUAUAAUUAUUCUCAUACAUUCAAACAGUCUCAAGAUGCAUUUCUGGUCGUCUGCAGGUAGACCUCAAUACCAAAUGAACAGGAAAGCUUGAAUUCUUCAUCUAAUUCCAGCUAAUUGAAUUAACCAUUUUACUUGUGUUUUACUAUGUUUCUAGGUGGUCGUAUCUACCCAGUGUCGGUGCCCUACUCCAACUGCCCCAGCUUCACUAUAUUACUACUAUAAUACUAGAUUAACUCUGUCUCUCUGCUGUCUCUCCCCUCUGUCCACUAGGUGGUCGUAUCUACCCAGUGUCGGUGCCCUACUCCAACUGCCCCAGCAGCACCAGUAAGACCAGCGUCACCCUCUCCCUGGUCAUGCCUUCUCAGGGGGGUACCCUCACCAACGGGACCAACACAGCCUCCACUCUGGAGGAGGGCACACCCACACACACGCCUGGGUAAUAACACCCACACACACACCUGGGUAAUAACACCCACACACACACCUGGGUAAUAUAUAUAAUAUAUGCCGUGUAGCAGAUUUAUCCAUAGCAACUCACCCAAAGCGCACACACACACCAAGCUAAUAACACAUACACACACACACACCGAGCUAAUAACACAUACACACACACACACACCCCAACGGGACUAACACAGCUUUUUCCCUGGAGGAGGGCACAGAUAGCAUACACAUGCAGGCUUGCUCUCACACACGCAUGCUAGUGCUGGGUGUUAUGGUCAACACAUCAUAUCACAAUAUUUGUGUCAUUUUUGAAGGUGUUUAUGUUUCUGAAUAUAAAAGUUGUAAAUAUGUUUUAUGAGUAGUGCAUGACCCUUGCACGGCAACAAAUGAAAUGAAAUUGAUUUUAAUGGUAUAUAGUAAAAAACGGUAUUGUAAAAAUCCAUACCGGUAUGUGGAUCCAUACCAUUAUACUGGUAUUCACGAUAUAUCGCCCAGCCAGAAUGCAUACACACAUGCGCGGUGUGCACCGAGCUUAACCCACAUUUCCACCCUGGCUUGAUUUGGACGACUUUUGCAGGGAUGGAUGAUCUUGUGUUCUUGGCCAUACUCCAACAAGUGUAGACGAUGGUUUCAAAGCCAGUUGCAUGGUUUUAGUUUUAAGUUCAUUUUACAUUUUCAUUUGGGGUUUUUAGGGUCAUUUCAGAUCAACCGUAGUCUGUAGUUGUUGGACUGAGCAAAGACCAACACGUUCUUCCAUAGUUACUUUAUUUCCUUUGAUUUUGACGUUAUGUUGUGGUUAGAGACGUGUGCAUGCCCCUGUUCUGAAUCGUUGAUUGCUUCAUUCCUCCUACCAUUCUUUUCUCUCCUUCCUUCUUUCUUUUCCUUCUCUGAAUCUCCUCCUAAUACUCCCUCGCUUUCCCAUCCUCCAUCUAUUAUUUCCCCUGUUUCUUCUACUCACCUUUCCCUCCCUCCAUCUCUUUCUCUUCACCUCCUUUGUCACCUGUAGCACUCUCCCUCUACCCAGCGUCGUCCGCCGUUCCUCCCUUGACAUCCUCCAGUCUAUAAAUGAGCUCUGUCUCUCCCCUCUUCCCUCUCUUCCCCCUCUCCCCCCUCGCCCUCUCGCCCCCCUCCCGCCCCCUAUCCCACCCCGCAGCCAGAGUCCCACCACCACGCUCCAGUCCUCCAUCAAUACCCAGACUACCCAGAGCUCCAGCUCUUCUUCAGGAGACGGAGGCAGCCUCUUCAGGUAGGUAGCUCGGUGGGGUUAGAGAAGGGGACCGGUAACCGAAAGGUUGCCGGUUCAAGUCCCGGGCGGGAUGGUAUCUAUUCUGUUUCUAGGAAGAUUAUAUUCACUAACAUAUCCAUUGUAUUGUACUCUCUCCAGACAGCGUGGCAGCCAGGCUGUCCAGCCAGACGAGACAGGACGGGUCCCACCCUAUGUUGACUUCACUCAGUUCUACCGGCUGUGGGGCUCGGACCUGGGGACACAGGGGUCCUCGGCCGGGCUGGGGCCUCAGUGAUGGAGGCGGAUGGGAGGAAUGGAUUUUUGUGGGGACAAGGUUUGGUGUUAAUAGAGUGAUAACUGCUCUUUUGAGGGAGGGAGUUAUAGGAAUGUAUUGGAGGGGAUGUGUGAUGGAUUUUGGCGGUGCAACUGAUAUGGCAUCCUUGGGUAGAAAAGUAUAUAUAUUUUUUUU